AUGGAAAUCAAAGAUACUAACAGCAAUUCAUCUUGUUCUAAACCAAAUGCUGAGCGUAAGAGUGGCAAGCUGCGAUCAAAAGAAUAUCGCAAGAGAAGGAAAGAAUACAUCAAAAAUAUUGAACAGAAGGUUGAGGGUCUUGAACAGGAAAUAAAGGAUCUUAGGAAAGAAAACCUAAUGUUAAAGGAAAAAAUCGGGACGAUUACUAAAAAUUCUGGAUUUCAGCGUGUUCAUCGCCCUGAGCAUCCAUUAAUCGAGACUCAGAACUAUAUGAAAAAUACUUUUAUGAAGAACCUUAGAAAGGAGCCUGAUAGUGUUACCCUAAGCAUGUACCAUCAAUACAGCGAUCAGUAUAAGGAAUGGAGUGAUAACAGGCGAAAUUACAUAAAAGAACAAUUUGACAAAAUCAUAAAUGAGGUCGUACCUUUUGAAACCAAAUGAUAUCAAGCCUUGUUCAAAUCUAUUACCUUGAAAGAUCUUCUCAAAAAUCAAGAUGCAAAGAGAAGACAUAGGAAAUUCUUUGAAAAAGCUUUUGAAAGUCCGAAGGACAUCCUUUGGAAAAUAAAGUUUUCAGAAACUUUUAAGGGUAAAACUAGGGAGUUUGGUUCAAACUUUGUCAAAAUUCUCAAGAGAUAUCAAUCAAUAGUUAAAGGAAUAGUUACCCAAAGGAAUAGAUUAUUAAAUCUUUACUUGGAGGCGAAGGAAAUGUAUGAAGGCUCUGACUGAUACCUUUCUUCCUCAAAAGAAGAUAUUGCAAAUUCAGGGAUUAUGAAUGAAACUUUUGAGGAAAACGGAUUUCUUAAACCUCAAUUCCUUUGGAACCUUCCUACAAAGAAAGCUAAACAUACUCCAUACCAAGACGCUGAGCUGAGUGAUAAUAGUUUACCUUCUUAAUUCAUUAUCUUCCAAUCCCAACCAUCUAAAACU